AUGUCGGGCCGCAAAAGAAAAGCAGAGAGUCAAAGGACGCGUCCCGCGGUUGCUUUCGAAGAGCCCAUGCACAUAACCAUGGCUUCACGAACAGCAGCAGCUCCGCAGCCCAAUGUGUUGAUGCGGAUUUGGAAUGGGAUCGCGAGCUGGGUCUACCCGUAUACACAGCCGGAUAUGAUAUCUGAAUCGAAGGAAGAGGAGGCUUUCGCGGACAGUCAUAUUCAAUCGUCAAUUCAACGACUCGAUGGCACAGUCACUCACAAGCGGCAAAGAACGCGACGAAUAGAUGGAAAUGCCAGACCGAAGUCAGCGAACGACGCGAAUCGCGCGAGACAGGCGCCAACAACUCUUGCUAAGGGCCCAAUAAAUUUUGGAAAUGCUCGAGAUGACGGAGAGAGGGUGCGAAUACUGGACCACUAUUGGGAGCCUCCUAAGCUCGGAUUCGGAUCGACAAAGAUGUUUCCAGAAGCCAAGACAUCAGAAGAGGACUCUGGUCUUGACAGCCUCGACGAGUCUCUGAAUAGCAUGCGUCUCGAUGCUGAUGCAUCACAAGCGUCUCCAUCACUACGCGACUCCGUACGGCAGUACGAAAGUUUUAUGCCCAGGAGGCCUUACGAUAAUCCACUCAGGACCUCGCAAUCGCUUCCUCGAAGUAUAGUCCGCCCAUCCAAAUCGACAGGCAAUUUAGGUCGGGAUGAUUGCAUCGAGACAAUUUUUGACGACGAUUACAGAUUUGAAGGCUUGAGAAUUUCGGACCGAAAGAAAACUGCCCUUGAAGUGUUGAGAAAGGAAAAGGAACGCCGAUUGUUGGAGGAAAAGCGGAAGGCUGCAAAACAACGGCGACUUAUCCGGCAGGCACCACUAAAACCUCUAAUUCAAGCACUUGAUACGAAAUGGAACGAUCGAGUCACUGAAAUACAAUACUCUCGAGAAUUGCUACGAAUUCUGACCAAAUCUUUCGAAGGCACAGAGCUGCGAGUGAAAGAUUUCGGGACACUGCUGGGAAAUAGAGCUUGGCUCAAUGAUGAGAUCAUCAAUACCUAUAUCGAAUGGAUUGUCAUAGCAGCCAACAAAGCAGCGAUCGCCGAAGCAGAGGCAGCUGGAGAACCUGUCUCUACUGUGCCCAAGUUCCUUGCGCAUAACAGUUUCUUUUGGAACAAUUUAAGGGAUAAAGGCCCCAAGAGUACGGAAAGGCUUAUGAAGAGGAAAAAGGUCCCAGGUACAUCUCUGCUAGAAGUCGACACGGUCUUCAUCCCUAUCAACAAAGGUGCUCAUUGGACAAUUGGACUCGUUCGCCCUGUUGCCAAGACAAUUGAGUAUCUUGACAGUAUGGGAGGCCGAGGAGCAGAUGUGAUUCCAGUGCUGAGGGAAUGGGUCAAGAACCAAUUGGGAUCACAAUACAUAGAGAAGGAGUGGACAGUACCUCAAACACCAGUUGCUUAUCAGUCUAACAGUUAUGACUGUGGAGUGUUCGUCUGCACAAAUGCUUUCUGCGUUGCCCUUGGGCUCAGCCCAGACUGUUACCAUGAGCGAGAUUUGACGCAACAACGGAAGAAUAUUGCUGCCGUAUUGUUGAACAGAGGCUUUGAGGGGGACUUUGGCUGGAAUUCGGAAGGGUUUCUGGGAUGA